AUGACGUUAAGACCAUUUUAUAAUUUAGUUCAGUUAGGUUUAGAUGAAUAUGAAGAUAAUGAACUAGUAUUAAAUAUUGUACAUGACUUAACCCAAUUUUUUGAACAACAAAAUUGCACAUGUCGUCAUUCUAAAAAGCAAAAGGAUUUGCGAACUUGUUAUGAAAAACAUUUUGGUACUUUACAAAAUCAUUUACAUACAGAAGGAUUAAGUGAGCGUAUUCAUGAAAAUAUAGGACGUAUACCUAUGACUGACAAUAGAGUCUUCCUUAAUUCUGAGAUUACAUUUCCAUUAAAACAAUUUUUAAUUCAAUAUAGCUGUAUUCAUGGUUUACCCUCUCCAUUACGACAUAGAAAUGAUUCCAAUAUAUUUAUUUAUCUUCCUACUGAUAGAACAUAUACUUCUGUUUAUAAAGAAUACAAAGAUUAUUAUUAUACUGAACAUGAUGAAUCAAACCAAAUAAUUUCUUAUUAUACUUUUCGGAGACUUUGGAUUGAAAUGAUGCCAUAUCUUAAGUUUCAAGCACCAGCAAGUGAUCUUUGUGAAAUUUGUGAGGGAUUUAAGGCUAAAAUAAAAGUAGCAAAAUCUGAUGCAGAUGAACAUGAAAAAGUUCAAAUUCAAUAUGAGAAUCAUCAAAAAUUAGCAAAACUUGAACGUCAGCAUUAUAAUGAUAAUAUUGAGAAAAGUAAGAAUGAUUUAACUAUUGCACAUGUAUGCUAUGACUGGGCGCAAAAUGUUUUUAUACCAUAUUCACCACAACAAGUUAGUUCCAUUUACUUUAAAUCAGCUUUUUCUGUGCAUCUUUUUGGAGUUUGUAAAACUGAAGGAGGGCAAAAUCAUCAAUUGAAUUUUGUAAUUGGAGAAAAUGAACUUCCAAAAGGUACUUCUAAAGGUGCUAAUACAACGAUAAAUAUGGUAUACAAUUCACUUCAAAAAUUUGCUCAGAAUGGAAAAAAACAUUUACAAAUUACUUGUGAUAACUGCACUGGGCAGAAUAAAAACAAUUUAUCGCUUUGGUUUUGGUCCUGGUUGGUUAUGCUUAAUUGGUAUGAAGAUAUUACGGUUAAUUUUAUGAUUCCCAGUCAUACAAAAUUCAUAUGUGACUCAUUUUUUGGUCAUAUUAAAAAAGUAUAUUGGAAGCAUAAAGUUAAUACUAUUAAUGAUGUUAAAAACAUUAUAAAUAAUUCAUCAAACGGUAAUGAAGCAAUUUUAUAUGAUAACGGAAUAAAUUGGAAUUGGUACGAUUUUAGUGCAUUUUUUAAGAAUCAUUUUGUACCUCUCCCUAAUAUAACACAAUUCCAUCAUUUUCGUUUUAGCUCUGAAGAUAUUGGUAAAGUAUAUGUAUCAAAAGAAUCCGGUGGUGUAGAAUCAUGUUAUAAAUUAUUAAAAAGUGAUAAUUUUAAUAAAAAUAGUAAACCUGAUUUAAUUACUACUGUAUCUUUAACAGAAGAACGACAAAAUUACUUAUAUUCAAAAAUUCGACAAUACGUUGAUGAACCUUACAAAGAUGAGUAUUGUGCAAAACCAAAAUAA